AUGGCGUCGUUGGCGACGGAGCUGCGCUCGAUCAAGGGCAAGCUCGAGAAGGCCUUGGCCGUCGAGCCCGACCCGUUCAAGUGGACGAGCGACGUGUACGAAAAGGUGAGCACGCUUCUCGAUGACGCGCUGGAGAACGACUUGGGCGACCCGCGCGACCGCGAUGGCAUUGGCGCGACGACGAUCGUUCAGGCCGCGCACAAUGCGUGCAUCGUGUACGAGCGCCACCAGAUCAAGCUGGUUCUUGCGCGCGCGCCGCGCCGACGUCGUGCGCCUCUGCAACGGAAGCAAGUCAUUGGCGACGAGUGCUUGCGCAUCCUCAACGGGCUCAACGCGAUGAGCUCCCAGACGUUUAGCGACGCGGUCGUGUGCCCGGAGCUCAACGGCCCGAUCCUCGACAACCCGCGCAUCGACACCAUGACGCGCGAUAUGCGCGCCCGCAUCAUCAAGAUUCGCAUGGCGUAUCGGCGCAUUGAUGGCCUUGGUCGGCUCGAGGAAGGGCUGCGCAUGACGGCGGAAGCGACGCGGGACUUUGCCACUCUCGAGGCCAAAGUGGUGAGCGAGAUCGAGUCGCGGCAGCGCGCCGAGGCCGACGCGCGCAACAAUAUGGAUCGCACGUCGUCGGAGCGCAACUCGGCCGUCUUCAUCACGAUGCAAGCCCAACGCAGCAGUCGCAAGAACUUGGCCGCGCGCAAGCCCAAGGAAUCCGGGACGAGCCUUGACUCGCUGGAUCUGCAACACCUCUUGGCGUCGCAGCUCGAGCACACAACGACAGCGUCAACGGCGCCUGUAGCUGGCAUUCCCGAGGAGGACCGUGGCCGCGAAGUGGAGGCGUUCGCGCAGUCCCUCUUCAUGGACGACGAGGCCGAUGCCGGCGGCAACCCGAUGCCAAUGCCAAUGGACACAACGCCGGUGGCCAUUGAUGGCAAGAAGGAGCUGCCGUCCAAGCUCCGGGCCAAGCGUGAGGAGCGAGAGCGCGAGCGGCGCAACAAGCUGCUCCGAAAAGCCGGUGAGCCCGACGACGACUCUAGCAGCAAGCACACCACCAAGAUGGUCGAUCUCAAUGCCUCGUCCAGCAAGGCCAAAGACAAGAUUCUGCAUGGCCGGCGCUCCAAGCAAUACAAACUGAAAAACGAAGCUGACAAGCGCCGACUCCACGAGGUGAGCAAGGCGCGGGCCGACGUCGAAGAAGGCGACGACGACACGGACGACGAGAAGGUCCGGCGGGCCGAAGCACGCAAGUUUCUAAUGAAGUACGACGGCGACAUUUGGGCGGCAACCAAAACGGGCAAACUCGACGUGCUCCAAAAGUACUUUCUCAUCGAGUCGCCUGCCAAACUGCUUGUAUUGCACAACCGUGACGUGGACGAAGGCCGCCGGACACUACUGCACACGGCCUGCUGGUGGGGCCAUGUGGCCGUGGUCGAGUACCUCUUGCGAAUGGGCGCCGACGUCGACGCCGUCGACAGCGUGCUGAGCAAAACGACGCCGCUCAUCGAGGCAGCGCGCGCCGGGCGACUCGACGUCGUCAAACUUCUUUUGAGCGAGGGCGCUUGCGUGAGCCACCAAGACUUUCACGGCGACACACCGCUGCACUGGGCGGCCCGUCGGGGCUGGAACAGCCUCGUCAUGCACAUGGUCCGCUUCACGGAGCAAGCGACGCCCGGCAGUGUCCAGCGCCUUCUCUCGAUUGAGAACUACCACGGGUACAUCUGCGUCGAGGUCGCACCAACGUUGUACUUGGCGGAUGUGAUUCGGAAAGAGUUCGCGUUCGUCAUGGCCGCGUCCCGGGACCAGCGGCGCGCGACGCGGCAGCACGGCCUCACGCGCAUGCGACGCGCGUCCAUGCACAUAGUGGCGCCCAAGAGUCUGCAACAUUCCAUGUCGAUGCACGACGUGGCGUUUGAAAAUGUCAUCGACGUCAAGGCCCAAGUGCUCCACGACCUCGCGCAACUCGGUCUCAACCUCAACGCGUACUCGUACUCGCGGGCGUAACCAGCACUUGACACCACGCUACAUGAAAGAAACCUCAACUCGACCACCAACUCCGGUAGUUUGCUCCAGCGAUGGACUUGGCGAC